AUGGCACAGGAUCAAGGGAAAAAGGAGAAUCCCAUGCGGGAACUCCACAUCUGCAAGCUCUGCCUCAACGUCUGUGUGUGGGGGAGUGGAGACAGACUGACCCGGGCAGCCAAGGUAUUGGAGCAGUUCACAGGCCAGACCCCUGUGUUUUUGAAAGCUAGAUACACUGUCAGAUCCUUUGGCAUCAGAAGAAAUGAAAAGAUUGCUAUCCACUGCACAGUGCAUGGGGCCAAGGCAGAAGAAAUGCUGGAGAAAGGCCUGAAGGUGUGGGAGUAUGAAAUAAGAAAAACUAACUUCUCAGAUACUGGAAACUUUGGCUUUGGGAUCCAGGAACACAUCCAUGUGGGGAUCAAAUAUGACCCGAGCUUUGGUAUCUGUGGCCUGGACUUCUAUGUGGUGCUGAGUAAGCCAGGUUUCAGCAUCACAGCCAAGAAGUGCAGGACAGGCUGCAGUGGGGCCAAACACAGAUUCAGCAAAGAGGAGUCCAUGCGCUGGUUCCAGCAGAAGUAUGAUGGGAUCAUCCUUCCUGGCAAAUAAAUUCCUGUUUUUAUCCAAAGGCCAAUAAAAUGUUUUCAGUGAAA